UUGUUGCGCGACAUGGCGAAUCCCAGUGAUACUGGAGAUCGUCAAGUGAUACUGGCAACAGCUGGCUAUGACCACACUAUCCGAUUUUGGCAGGCUCACACAGGAAUUUGCCACAGGACAGUCCAACACCAAGAUUCUCAAGUGAAUUGUCUAGAAAUCACACCUGACAGACAUCUGCUAGCUGCAGCAGGUUAUCAACACAUUCGUAUGUAUGACAUCAACUCUAAUGAAGCCUCACCAGUUAUCAACUAUGAAGGAAUCUCAAGGAACGUGACGGCUGUGGGAUUCCAGGAGGAUGGAAAAUGGAUGUUCACUGGGGGGGAAGACUGCACAGCUAAGAUAUGGGAUCUCAGAAUGAGGAACUUGCAGUGCCAAAAAAUCUUUCAAGUCAAUGCGCCAGUCAACUGUGCCUGUCUACAUCCAAAUCAGGGAGAGCUCAUUGUCGGUGACCAGAGUGGAACAGUUCACAUAUGGGACUUGAGAAGUGGUCACAAUGAACAGCUGGUACCAGAGCCAGACUCGUCCAUCCAGCACCUCAGCAUUGACGCCGAAGCCACCCACAUGGCCGCCAUCAACAACAAGGGCAACUGCUACAUCUGGCGGGUCUCCCCUGGGAAGGAGGAUCCCAUCUCCCAACUCAUCCCCAAGACCAAGAUCCAAGCCCACAAGAAGUACGGCCUCAAGUGCAAGUUCAGCCCAGACUGCACGCUUCUUGCCACCACAUCAGCGGACCAGACCGUGAAGAUUUGGAAGACAGCAGACUUCACUCUCUUGACAACUCUCGCAGACUCGGUGCAGAGAUGGGUCUGGGACUGUGCGUUCUCGUCAGAUUCACUCUACAUAGUGACAGCCUCGUCGGACCACACAGCCAGGUUAUGGAGUGUCGAACAAGCUGAAGUCAAGCGUGAGUUUAAUGGACAUCAGAAGGCCAUCACAGCACUGGCGUUCUCUGAUGGGAUUUCAACAUGAGUGGAAUAAGCACAAGGUCUCUCUUGACUUGAGUGAAUUUGUCAAGAGACAGUGCCAGAGAUCUUUUUGUUGAAUACCCUUUGAGAGAAGAGGGCUAAUUCAAAAAUCAGAAAGGUACUUUGAUUAUUAGCACUGUGGAAGAUGAAUUUUAACAUGGACUUGAAAUCCCAAAGGAGAUUCACUCUACUUCAGCUGUACUUCUGAAAAUCAGAAACUUGUAAUUACUGUUGAAAGCCAUCAAAAUGUAAAAUUUACUACAUGCAAAGGCUUUUGGCUUGAUUUGUCCAACUGUUACAGCUUUUAUCACAACCAAUAAUUACAGCUGAAAGUAAUCUCCGAACUGAAGUCUGCCAUGCUAUUCAGUGUGUAAUACAUUGUAUGUACUGCAGUAGGUUGCAUGGCCCAUGCAUUGUGCACAUGACAGAGGUAACCCAAAAUUAACAUUUGAGGAUGUACAUGUAGUCACAAGAUUAUUGGCGUUAAUACUGAAGCAAACACUGAGGCCAUCUUUGUGAUUACACACUGUAGUUGAGAUUGGGGACAUAAACUCAUGUAUACGGUCGACCCAAUGCACAUUUAGAAAGGGUCAACAAAUUUCGCGCAUUAUGAUUGGCCAAAGUGUUGCAAACUCUUGGUGGCGCACUAUUGUGAAUUGCCCGUAUUGCACUAGCCUCUGGCCCCCUCCAACAAUUCUUCCAUCUUGUUAAUGUGAUUGGCCAAAUUUGCAAGUACAUGCACGUGCAGAAAUGCAGUUUGUUUUUGGAAAAGCCUGAAUAUUUGAGUACACUUGACUCUACAGCAUCUUGAUCAUGCAUAGGACACGAAUCUGUCCUAGCACAAUGGCUUGGAAUGAGCCACUUUGGUAUUCCAACAGCACAUGCCCAAAAUGAGGCACGUCUGAAUGACCUCAUCCUAGAUUUGUCUUGUCAGCGCGGCCCAAUGCAGACACAAAUUCCUGCUUUGUUCCUGAACCACCUUGUUUUUUGAAAUACCAAUAUGGCUCACUGUCUGUACUCCGUGUGAAGUUUGUGUCCUUGAUGUGCCUUAACACAGCCACGCCCAUGAAGAAGUAUGAACUAGUAACGACUGAAUGAAGCCAUGCUUUGACAUAUUUACCUGUACGAACCUCCAUGUAACCCUGACAGUAUAACAGAUGACUGCUUGAACAGUUUCACUCUAGAACUUGAUUAUUAUACAUUUUAAUACACGUACUGUACACUUCUGGAGCUGUUGGUUAACAUGCUCCAUCCAAGAUAAAUCCAUUUACAUGUAUAAUGUAAAUUUCAGUGUUCUUAAAUUUAUGUGUAAAUAGUAUCUUGAGAAUAAAGCGAAAGGUAAAUAAAUAUGAACUGAUCUUGAAGUGA